GCGGAGGACGGGCGGCAAUAGCAAAGAGAUGGUAAAAGCACGUUUCCUCCUGCGGGCCCUGCGGAGCUCUCUUCGUUCCCAUUCAGGCUCUGCCGGCUGAUUUUCACUUAUUUACGUACCCCAGAAGCACCGCUGCUCGUUCCCAGCCGGCAGCUGUGCACACACCUGUCUGCCCGAGUCCCUCCCGUUGAGGCAUUCUCACCAUACCAGAGCCUUUCCCUCCCUGUUGUUUUACUGUUUGCGUCUCACUUGGCAAGAAAUCGCAUUUCCUUUUGAUUUUUCUGAGUAGGGUACUGGUGCUACAGGGGGCAUUAACUGAUGGCAAGCUGGACAUGAGCCAACAGUGUGCCCUCACAGCCCAGAAAGCCAGCGAGAUCCUGGGUGCAUCCAAAGCAGUGGGGUGAGGGAGGGGAUCUGCCCCGCUGUGCUGCACUGUGAGACCCCACCUGGAGCGCUGCGUCCACAUGUGGAGUCCUCAGCACAGCAGAGGCAUAGACCUGUUGCUGCUGCAGUAUCGGAGCUGGUGUCGUGAGCUGGAGCAGCGACUUGAAGCAGGAGGGGUGAGUGUGCAGGGAUCCCUUUCAUACAGAUGGGAAACCACUGAAGACCACAGCCUGGAGAAGGCACUCCUCCAGUUAGAAGAAGAGCAGCAAAGGUGUGAGAAUCUGGCAGAAGUGAAUACCCUCCUGCGGGAACACCUAGAUAAAGCAAAUGAGGUGAAUUUAGCCCUUAAAGAAGAUGUUGGAAAACUGACAGCAGAUUGGAUGAGGGCCCGAGAGGAGCUGGAAUUGAAGGAGAGUGAAUGGCGCAGUGAGCGUGAGUUUUAUGACAGCUACUUAAGGGGUGAACAUAACCGUCUUCUGAGCCUAUGGCGUCAGGUGCUGACUUUCCGCCGUCACUUCCUGGAAAUGAAGACUGCCACUGACAGAGAUUUGUCAGAGCUGAAGGCAGAGCAAAUGAGACUCUCUGGAUCUAUACUUGUAAGCUGCUUCCGUUUGAACUCUGGCGUACAGCUCUGGGAGUCUGUCACUUUGGGGAGGCCUGUCCUAAAGGAUCAAGCACAGCAGCAAGUGGAAAGGGAAAUAAACCAGGAGGCUUUGGAAGUGAUGUGCUUACAAGUUGAUGAGGACCUGGAGAAGAAAGAGCUUCAAGAUAGGGUGAUGGAGCUCUCAGCCUUGCUUGUACAGUCUCAGAAACAAAAUGAAGAGAAAGAGAAGACCGUGAAAACACUUAACGACACUGUGGAGAUGCUAGAAGCAAGUCGGUUAGAGGUAGAAUACGAAGCUUCAUUAACUAAAAAUGCCAAAGAAGAGAACCUUGCCCUUCAGAAGCUAAUCAAAGAGAUAACUGAGGUGGUGUUAGAUGACAGUGACAGCACAGUCGGCAUUGUCCAGCGUCCAGAGUCUAGCAACGUCCUCUCUUGUCUGAGCUCCCUUGAUGCAGAGCAUGCCUUUGUGUUGGUUCAGGAAACACUGGCAAGGAGGCAAAAAGCAAUACAGGCCCUAAAAGAAGAGCUUUCUACCAGGCAAGACUCUAUCAGUUUUCUGCAGCACCAGCACAGACAGCAGGAAGAGAAGUGCAAGAAGCUGCAGCAAAGGCUUGAGCAACUGGAGGAGGAAAACAAGAUGUCUAAUAGCCACCAGCAGCACCUCAAGUCUCUGGUACUAGCGCUCAAGUGUGACUGUGAAAACCUAGAGAAAAUCAGAGGAGAACUACAGCAAAAGCUGGAAUUAAGUGAGCAAGAAGCCUCACGUCUGCGUCAGAGUAACACUGAGCUGCAGCUGAAGGAAGAUUCAGCCCAAGGGGAAAAGGUGGAGCAGCAGCUGGCAAUGGAGAGAGCACAUCAUGACCAUGAGCUCGUUUUGAAGGACUUAGCUGCACUUGAAGAAAAACAUUCGUUGUUACAGAAUGAAUUGGUAGCCGCGAGGGAGAAGCUGGAGGAGUCACACCUUCAGAGGGAUCUGCUGAAGCAAGAGAAACAUGAGCUUACAGUGGCACUGGAAAAGGCGGAGAAAUCAGUAGCAGCAUUGACAGGGGCUCAGAAUAAGUUGAAUUCUGAAAUAGCUGACCUACAUACUGCUGCAGCAAAGAUGAGCAGUAUUAAUGAAGCUCUUGCACUGGAUAAAGUGGAACUGAACAAGCUUGUGUUGCAGCUGGAACAAGAGAAUGAACUUCUGUCAGAUAAAGUGAAUGAGAUGGAGAGAGCAAAGGUCUCUGAACAGGAGAAGAUAACCUUGUAUAAAAGAACAAAUGAAGAGCUUUGUGCAGAGAAAUCCCACCUGGAGAAGCUGCUGAAGAAAGCAGAGGAGCAACAGGAAGAGCUGCAGAUGCAACUGAGAAUACUGGCAGAGGAAAAGGAAGAAACCCUGGAGAAACUCAACCAGGUUUACCGCCAGCAAGAGUCAGCUAGCAGUGGUUUGGAGCAGUUGCGCCAACAGUCCUCUCGCCAAGAGGAUGCAGUGGCCAAGGUGUCCAAAGAGAAGGAAUUCCUGGUGCAUGAGAAGGCUGCCCUUGAGGUGCGACUGGCAGCUGUGGAACGGGACAGACAAGGCCUUUCAGAGCAGCUGGCAGAGGCCAGGUCAGUGAAAGACACCCUGGAAUCCAGCCUGUUUGAGGCUCAGCAGCAGUUAUCUCACCUGGAGAUCACCAAGAGUCAGCUUGAAAUCCAACUUCAUACAGUCAUUCAGGCUAAGGAAGUGAUACAAGGGGAAGUGAAGUGUCUUCAAUAUGAGCUGGAAACAGAGAGAUGUCUAAUGAAGCAGGAACAGGAAAACAUGGCACAACGGCUCAUUCAGAUAGAAGAGCAGCAUAACAAUACCCUGAAACUUCAGCAAACUGAUCAUGAAGUGGAAAUAAACAAACUCCUACAAGACCUGGCAAGUGAACGGGAGGGGCGCCAGUUAGAGCUACAGGAGAUGCUGGAGCUCUGGGAAAAGGAGAAAGCAGAGGCAGAAGGGCAGCAUGAGAAGAAGCUGUUUGAUAUGAAGGAGAAAGUUGCUACCAUGCAAGCUCAACAAGAAGAGGAACGAACUAGAGUUGAAAGUGCCAAUCAAGAGAUUUUGACAGAAAAGGAGAACGAGAAGAAAGCUUUAUUAGAGACACUACUCCAAACUCAGGGAGAACUAACAGAAGCCUGCCAUCAGCUUGAGCAACUUAGGCAGGAGGUGAAAGAGCAGCAGGAGUAUGAGCAGAACAUCACAGAAAAACUGCAAGCAGAGCUACAGGAAACUCACUGUAAGAUCAAGAUGGUGGAGAAUAUGCACAAGGAAGAAAUGGAAAACAUCAAAGAAGAAAAGAAUAUCCUUCUCCAGCAGAGGGAUGAUCUACAAAAACAGGUAGAAGAGCUGACAUCUCAGCUAGCAGCCUCCGAAGAGUCCCAUCAAGCAAUUGGCCAUAAAGCUCAGCAAGAGCUGAGUGAGGCACAAGAGUUGUCCAGGCAGAAGGUACUGGAGGUUGUGCACCUUCAGAAAAUCUUGGAGGAGGAGAGGGGCCAAUGGGAAGAGGUGGAACAUCAGAACAAAGAGCUGCAGGUGUGCCUGCAGUCCUUAGAGGGGGAAAGGAGUCGAUGGGAAGAAGUGGAACGUCACAACACAGAAUUUCAGGCUUCAUUGAAGGCCCUAGAGAGCGAAAGAGAAAGGCUAUCUCUGUCUCUGGAACAGAAGGAAUUGAGCCUCAAGACCUUGGAAGAAAACAACCUUGUCCAGCAGAACGAGGUGUCUAAACUACAUUCUGCUAUUCAACAGGCUCAGCAGCUUCACUCAGACCACAGAAGAGAAAUACAAGAGCUCAACAACCAGGUACAGACACUACAGGAAGUGGUGCUGGAGAAGGAAGCUAGCCUGGCAGCUCGGGAGAAGCAGCUAUUACAAGAUCUGGAGGAGUCUCGAGCAGGCGAACGGUGCUUGAGAGACUCUCUGCACGUGCUAGAGGCUGAGAUGGCUGAACUUCAUCUGAGGCUUUGUAGCACAGAGAACAGAGCAAAGGCAUUGGCUACAGAGUGCCAGCAGGCUAAUAAUGCCCACUGUGAAGCCCAGUCUCAGCUGGACAAAUUGCACUUGGUUCUUCACCACGUGCUGUGUGACAGCACUGAUAAAAGCAGUGACUUAGUCGCUUGGAGUUCAGAACAGGAUCAUGUCUGGGGCCUAACUGUUUCUCAGGCCAAGGAUCUCCAUGUAGAGCUCACGGUGGACAGAGUGGCAGCAGCCCUGCAAGACCUGCGUCAGGACCUGAAGCAAACUCAGCAAGAUCUGAAUGAUGCUGGGAAGAAAGUGCAGGACCUGGAACUGGAGCUGAGCAAGAGGCAAGCUGAGAGGGACCACUUCAGUGCCCACAAUCAGGAGCUACAGAAACAGUUGGCUCAAAGCCAGGAAGAGACACAGAUGGUAGAAGGGAAGAAGAACUCUCUACAAGCAGCCUUGCAGGCAGAAGCUGCUGCUCUAAAGAAGGAGGCUAUUACACUACAUCAAGAGGUGGCAUCUUUGGAAAGGAAACUUGAGAGCGCUGAGAAGCAAAAAAAGGAUGUGCUGCAUGAACGGGAUAGACUGCAAGCAGUUGAAGAAAAACUGAUGUGGGAGAUAAAAAUUCUUCAGGAGUCAGUCACAGCCUCAGAAACACGAGCAAACACAGCAGCAGAUAUGAAUCACUCCCUUGAACAGGAACUACAAACUACAUUGUCUGUCUUGAAAACAAAAAAUAAGGAAGUGGAUGCUCAGUGGGAGAAAAUCCAGAUGCUACAGAAAGAGGCAGCAGAUGUAAAAGCUUUGCAGGAGAAUCUUAUUCAAGUGAAUGCCAUCCUGUCAAAGAGAGAGGGAGAAAUGAAGUUAUACCAGGAACAGAUGAGAAUGCUGGAAAACCAGAAAGAAAUGCAUAAAACUACUCUAGAUCAAGUUAUUAAGGACAUAAAAGAGAAAAAAGAGAAGACAGAAUCCCAGCAAGAACAAAUACAGGAGUUAGAGAAGCAGCAAGAACUGCAAAGGACUGCUAUAAGCAAAAUGAGCAAAGACCUGGAAGACAGAGAUAAGGAGAUCAGAUCCCAGCAAGAAGAAAUAUGGGAGCUGGAGAAGCAACAAGAACUGCAGAGGACUGUUGUAAGCAAGAUGACUAAAGACCUGGCACACAGAGACCAGGAGAUCCAAUCCCAACAAGAAGAGAUUCAGGAGCUAGAGAAGGAGCGAGAAUUGCAGAGGACUGCUGCAAGUAAGAUGAGCAAAGAUCUAAAGGAGAGAGAUGAGAAGAUAAGAUCCCAGCAAGAACUGAUAGAGGAGCUAGAGAAGCAGCAAGAACUGCAGAGGACUGCCUUAAGCAAAAUGAGCAAAAACCUGGAGGAGAGAGACCAGGAGAUCAAAUCCCAGCAAGAACUGAUAGAGGAGCUAAAGAAGCAACAAGAACUACAGAGGACUGUUGUAAGCAGGAUGAGCAAAAACCUGGAGGACAGAGACCAGGAGAUCAAAUCCCUGCAAGAACUGAUACAGGAGCUGGAGAAGCAACGAGAAAUCCAGAGGACUGCUGUGAGCAAAAUGAACAAAGACCUGGAGGAGAGAGACCAGGAGAUUAGAUCCCAGCAAGAAGAGAUACAGGAACUGGAAAAGCAACGAGAACUGCAGAGGACUAUUUUAAGCAAGAUGAGCAAAGAUCUGGAAGAGAAAGAUCAGGUGAUCAAGUUCCAGGAAGGGAAGGUAAUGAUUCUAGAACAACAUGGUACAUCACAGGUGAGAAGUUUGCUAGUGGAUCUUGAUCAUAUGAAGGGAAACUUGAAGGAGAAAAACUUAGAGCUGAUGUCUCUAAAUCAGCAGAUCAAAGAACUGGAGAUGGAGAGAGAAGAGGUGAAAUCUUUGCACACAAGCCUUGAACAGCUUAGAGCAGUUCUUAGGGAUAGAGAGAAUGAGUCUGACUCUCAAAGGGAUCAGUUAAGACUCUUUCAGCAGUACAAGGAGCAUCAAGAGGAGUACCUGCAAGAGCUCCAGGAUAAAGUAGAAAAAAUGACACUUUCCUUAUCUAAAAAAGAUCAAGAGCUCGAGUCACAGCAAAAGCAAAUCCAGGAAGCUGAAGAAGUCAUGGAAAAGAAGUUGAAGACUGUUUGUGACCAACUGGAGCAGACAUUAGAAACCUUAAAAGAAAAGGAAAGACUCCUAGACAUCCAAAAGCAACAAACAAGGGAAUAUGAGGAAAAAACAGAACAGAUGAAUGUCUUAUGUAGAGACUUAGAAUACACUAAGGCAAUAUUGAGAGAGAAGGAUUUAAUGAUUGAAUCUCAGAAGGAACUGAUUGAGACCUUCCAAAAACAAGAAGACGACUCUAUGCAGCAGAAAGAAAUUCUGCAGCAUCUUAAAGGGGCUUUAAAGGAACAAGAACAAGAAACUUUAUCUCUUAGAAAGCAGUGUGAGGCAUUUAAAGAAAAGGAGGAAAAGCACAAAACUGAUCAAGUGAUUCUUCAAGAAACAAAAAUCACUCUGAAAGAAAGAGAAAGAAAGAUAGAGGUUUUAGAGAAAGCUGUCUCUAAGCUUCAACAACAAAAUGAUGAUACGAUGAUGCAGACUACAGCUAUAGUGCAAAAACUACAAUGUGCUGAAUCUUCCUUAGCAGCUAGGGAUCAAGAGAUAGCAUCUCUAAAAGAGCAUGUCCAGGAACUUCAGAAGCAGAAGGAGUCGGAAGCUAAACAGGUCAAAAGUCUACAGCAGGAUCUAAACAAAAUGAGCAAAACAAUGAAGAAGAACAAUUUGCAGAUUCUCAAACAGUCGGAGCAGAUUAAUGUGUUUCAUAUUUGUGAAGAAAGUAGGAAAGUAGCACUAACAUCUUGCCAGAAUCAAGUGAGUCUGCUUGAGGAAGUGGUGAGAAAGAGAGAUGAAGACAAUGAAACUCUUGUGCAAAAACUCCAGCACCAAGAAGAAGAACUGAAGACCUUGCAGAAUCUCCAGCUUAUGCUAUCUGAGAAGAAAGAGGAGAUUAAACGUCACAGAGAGGAAGAGAAGUUCCCAGAAGAAGCCUUGCAUGGGAGCGAAUGGGAGACGAAGGCUCAAGGUGAGCAAAAAAAGUCAGAAGAUGAGGAAAUAAGAGGUCUUCAUGAAGAUCUCCAGUAUGUUCAGCAGACUCUGACAAAGAAGGAUGAAGAGAUCAAAUACCAGAGAGACAGAGUCAAGUAUUUAGAGAAAACUCUGGCAGGGAAAGAAAAAGAGCUGAGGAGGCAGAGUGAACUCUUGAAACAAUUAACAUCAGCUCUGCAUUGGAAAGAUGAAGGGGAGACUCUAAAGAAACAAAUCCAGAAACUCCAAAAAUGGGAGGAAGAAGAAGCAGAGAACAGGAGGGUUCUCCAAGAGAGAGACCAAUUCUUGCAAAGGCAGAAGGAACUAGCCCAACAACUGGAAGAUGAGAGGAAAGUAAAGGGGGAAGAACUGAAGCGUGUGAUUGCUAUUUUGAAGCAGACUGAAAGUGGCGAAAUCGAAUGGAAAGAGAAGGCACAAGCACUGACUCUUGCCCUUUCUAAGAGUGAAAUGACCAAUGGGACUUUGAGGGAAGAAAUAGCCAUUCUGCAGAGUAUGGUUUCAGAGAGGGACAAGGACCGGUUUCAUCUUCAGGAGGCUUUUGAAGGCGGUGAGAACCUAUCGUGGCUCUUGGAAAAGAAGCUCCUAUGGCAGCGGCUGGAGUGUCUGCAGCAAGCAGUUGCAAGGCUGGAACAUGAAAAGUCUGAGCUGAAGCAACUCAAUGUUGAGCUCAAGAUAACUCUUGAGCAGGUGGAACAUGAACGGAGGAGGCUGAAGAGAAGUUGUAGGCGUCAGUCACAGCCAAAUGCAAACAGGUUUUCUCUCUCGGAAUCUGAUGAGGACAAGAUGCCUGCUUCUAGAAAGGAGGAGGCUCGUGCUCUCUGCAGUCAAUUAGCUGAGUUACAGAACCAGGUGACUCUUCUGCAGCAGCAGUUGGCACAAGAACGAAAAUACAAGCAGGACUAUAUUGAGUGUUGUGCAAAAACCAGUCAGGAGCUUUUGGACCUUCACCAAGAGCUGUCUUACUCCCUGGAGGCUGUGAUCAGGGAGCCCAAAGCUGCUGUUCUGGAGGCAGAGACUCAGAAGCUGGAUCUAUCUCUGAACCAUACCUUGGCACUAAUAUCUUUGGACUGCCGAUCUCCUGAGAGACAGCUGUUGCACUCAGCAGUGAGAUCCACCACAAGGGAUGGUCUGAGGUAACAGGAGCAGCAUGCAGCUGGAGCUGAGUUGGAGUCCUGCAGUAGCAGGUGGCAAGGUGAUUGGUGCAGAGCACAGGUACUGAGGUAAGAGAGAAGUUUGGAGCACUGCAGGGUCUCCAGCAGCAGUGGUGGGACAAAUCUGGUGCUGGCUGGCAUGGAUGGGGUCGGGGCAUAAGCCUGACAAGAAGGUCAGCCUUCUUCCUCUUCUGAAGCACUCCAUCACGGCAUGCCUCACCAGCCUCCAGGUGGCUCUCCAAGUUAGGUUAUUCCUGUCAGCUUCUGUACUGUUUACAAAGACUUACUUUUUCAAUAAACUUAUUUCUCCAAAACA